AUGCUCGUGGUCAGCAUGGACGUCGGCAUCCGCCACCUGGCCUACUGUUCCAUGGAGGUCCCGGACGAGGGCCCUCCGACGGCGCUGGACAUCGGGAUCAUCGAUCUGGCCUCCUCCGCGGGCACGGGCCACAGCCGCAACAUGAUCGACGCGUCCACGGGAGGGCGUCUCGUCCGAGAGCUCGACAUCCACGCGGCCGCGUUCGUCGAAGCCGACGUGAUACUCAUCGAGAAGCAACCACCGAUAGCGAAGCUGAUGCGCGUCAUCCAGGGCAUGCUCGAGGUGUACUUCAUCUGCAACGGCAAGACGACGAUCGUCUACGACGGGAGGCGAAAGCUGCCUCGCUCCAAGACCCAGGGGCUGAGCGGCGCGGAGAAGUACAGGCAGCGGAAGAAGGCGGCGGUCCAGCUCUGCGACGCGUUCCUCCGGUCGCGGCCCGACGCGGCCUCCGACGGGGUCCUGGAGGCCUUCGAGAGGUCGCCGAAGAAGGACGACCUCGCCGACGCGCCGGCCAGGAAGGCCGCGCGCAAGCCCUCCACGACGAUCGUGCUCAGGCGCGCCCGUGCACCCGCGAGAGCGGCCUCCCUCUCCCUGAUGUCUCCCUACGACGACGAGUACAGCUGCGUGGACAGCAUCAGGGGGUACGCCCCCAUGACGUUCGAGGAGCUGGAGAAGAAGCUGCUCGCCGACUACGCGUGCCGGAUGAAGAGCCUCUGCCUUCGGAAGAAGAACUUCGUGAACUCCCUCAUCUGCAAGUACGGCGAGAAGCCGGGCGCCGAGGACGAGCCCGCUUCCAUCAACAGGAGCGAGGCCGAAUACGUCCAGGAUCUCGACCUGCAGAUGGACCAGCUCAGCUUCGACAUCCAGAAGAAGCUCGCGAAGGAGAAGUUCAAGCACGGCUGGAAGACCGACGAGGUCGUCGUCCGCCAGAAGGUCCUGGGGCCGGACGUCCGAGCGAUCUUGGAGUUGGAGUCCAAGUACGGUCCCAGAGCCGGGCAAGCCGCCGGAACCAACAGCGGCCGCCUGGCCGUCCUGAAGGGCGCGGCGGCCAUGAACGAGGCGAACCCGCUGGACAGGGCCGCCGCCGUCUUCGGCGUGGAGGAACCGGAAGUCAACAACGGCAACCGCAACAAGAAGGCGGCUUUCGGAGACUACAACUACGGUCCCGGCAGCUACGAGAGCUUCCUGGACUACUACUGA